UGCACUUUGAGUAUGGAAGCAGAGGCUACUGAUGGAUACAUGCCAUGUGACAACGAACUUUCGCCCGAAAGGGAACACUCAAAUAUGGCGAUUGACCUCACCUCAAGCACCCCCAAUGGGCAGCAUACCUCACCCAGUCACAUGACAAGCACAAAUUCCAUAAAGCUAGAAAUGCAAAGUGAUGAUGAGGAUUCUGACAGGAAGCCCCUGAAGCAGGAGGACGGGCUCAGGGGCCACGACGAAGGGGGCCGCCUGGAGGAGCCUCUCUCUGAGAACCACGAGAUGGUGGACCACAGGAAGCUGCAGGAGCUGUCGGGCGAGGGAGGAAUCCGGCUUCCGAAUGGUAAACUGAAAUGUGACGUCUGUGGCAUGGUUUGCAUUGGUCCCAAUGUGCUUAUGGUACAUAAAAGGAGUCACACUGGUGAGCGUCCCUUUCACUGUAACCAAUGUGGAGCUUCCUUCACACAAAAAGGCAACCUCCUGAGGCACAUCAAAUUACACUCUGGGGAGAAACCAUUUAAAUGUCCCUUCUGUAGCUAUGCUUGCCGGAGAAGGGACGCCCUCACAGGACACCUCAGGACACACUCUGUGGGUAAACCUCACAAAUGUAACUACUGUGGACGGAGUUACAAGCAGCGCAGCUCGUUGGAGGAACACAAGGAACGGUGUCACAACUACCUUCAGAAUGUCAGUAUGGAAGCUACAGGGCCAGUAAUGAGUCACCAUGUACCUACUAUGGAAGAUUGUAAGGAACAAGAACCUGUGAUGGACAACAAUGUUACUCUGGUGCCUUUUGAAAGACCUGCUGUUAUAGAGAAGCUGACCAGCAACAUGGGAAAGCGUAAAAGCUCCACCCCACAGAAGUUUGUGGGUGAGAAGCUGAUGAGGUUCGGCUAUCCAGACAUCCAUUACGAGACUAACUUACCCUACGAGAGAGACGCUGAGCUGAUGCAGACCCAUAUGAUGGACCAAGCGAUCAACAACGCCAUCUCUUACCUGGGAGCAGAGGCGCUUCACCCCUUGAUGCAGCACACGCCGAGCACCAUGGCUGACGUUGCGCCGGUCAUCACUUCGGCUUACGCUCCAGUCUACAACCCGAACCGGAUAGAAAGGCCGGUGAGCAGAGAAACGGCGGACAGCAACGAGAACAACAUGGACGGCCCCAUCUCCCUCAUCAGACCAAAGAGUCGACCCCAGGAAAGAGAGGCCUCACCCAGCAAUAGCUGCCUGGAUUCCAGUGACUCAGAGAGCAGCCACGAAGACCACCAAUCCUACCAAGGAAACCCUGCCUUAAACCCCAAGAGGAAGCAAAGCCCAGCGUACAUGAAGGAGGACUCCAAGGCUGUUGAUGUCUCCAAAACAUCUAAGGGCUCUUUAAAGGAUAUCUACAAGGUCUUCAAUGGCGAAGGAGAACAGAUAAGGGCCUUCAAGUGUGAGCACUGUCGAGUUCUUUUCCUAGACCACGUCAUGUACACCAUACACAUGGGGUGUCAUGGCUACCGGGACCCAUUAGAGUGCAACAUUUGUGGCUACCGGAGUCAGGACCGCUAUGAGUUCUCGUCGCACAUCGUUCGAGGAGAGCACACAUUCCAUUAGGCCUUCUCUUCCAAAGGGGACUCUGAAGUAGACAGCUGCACAUGAAGAAAUUCUGCACUUACAAUCCCACUUUUCCUCAGAUGUUAACACACCGUUGGUU